ACUCUGUAAAACGGCUACGACAUCUUUCCAACAUGGCAGAUAUUUUAGAAACACCCACCAGUGUUAUCGCCGUAGAGAAUCAUGAGAAUGGGGAGGAAAACGGGAAAGAUGUUCACCCUCUAGCUGCUGCAAUGGAUGAUGAAGAGGAGGAGAUUAUAUCGACAAUCUUAGCCUCCCCAGGAGGUGAUUCCAUAGCCUCUACCAAGGCUCUGAUUGGUUCAUACAACUUUGAAGAUGACGACGACGCAAGAGAUCUCUUUAUAAAGGUUGAUGACCCAAUGAGGCACACCGGCAAAAUGGAAUCAUUUGUCAGCUACAGAGUUACAACGAAGACAACAAGGAGCUCAUUUGACAAUCCAGAAUACAGCGUAAGACGGAGAUAUCAAGAUUUCCUGUGGUUGAGGCAGAAGCUUGCAGAAGUCCAACCAACACAUCUAGUACCACCUCUCCCUGAGAAGCAGAGCAUGCGGUUAGACCGCUUUGCCCCUGAGUUCCUGGCGGCAAGACGAAGAGCACUCCACAAGUUCUUAGAACGAAUCUCAGAGCAUCCAGUCCUAUCCUUCAAUGAGAAUCUUCAAGUUUUCGUUACAGCCAAGGAGCUAACAGCUCAUCGGAGGCAGUCCAUGUCCCUCAUGAGUCGUAUGGGAUCCUCCCUGCGGACCACUACCACUGCUGCUUUACUCAGGAAUAGAAGCCCAGAGUUCACUGUGAUGGGAGAGUAUGUUCAGAUGCUGGGAGAGAAACUAGGAUCUAUUGAAAGGAUAUCACUCAGGAUAUUACAGGAAUCCAAAGAUUAUGUGAGUGAGUUGAAGACAUACAGCCCUGCCUUCAGACUAUGGAGUAACUCAGAGACUGAGCUAACGACUCCACUCAGCAAGAUGGCCGACGGUGUUGAGAUCUGUACCCAAUCAAUAGAAGAUCAAAAUACAUACCAAGAAACAGACUUUUUGCCUUUCGUCAAAGAAUACAGCCUCUACACAGAAUCUAUAAAGACUGUACUAAAGAAACGUGAUCAGUUUCAGAUGGAGCAUGAAUUGGCUGUGGAGGAACUCAACAAGAAGAAGAAUGAAAGAGAACAGGUGAAAAUCUCGGAUCAGAACUACUCGUUUGGUGCUAUCAUGGGUAAAGACCCAGCCGAUGUCAAAGAGGCAAAGAGUGGCAGGAUAGUAUCGAAGAUAGAACAGCUUCAGAAGGAGGUUGAGGUGUUCUCAGACCGAGCAGAGUGUGCGAAUGCAGACCUCAAGGCAGACAUGGAAAGAUGGCAUCAUAAUAGAAGGAAAGAUAUGAAAGAUAUGCUGAGCGGUAUGGCUUACCAGCAGAUCAUGUCUAAUACAGGGAUACUUCAAGCCUGGGAAGAUGUGAUCAGCAGCUUACGGGAUGAAGCAGGUUUCCUACAUGGAGAGGACCCCUCCCCCAUGCACAGUACAACAGACCCGUCCCUCACCGGCGCUACGUCCCCCACCCUCACAUCUUCAUCUGGUGCUGAGAGGGGAGGAGCAAAGAACUCCAAGCCAGAAGGGUUUCUUGACAUCAAUAAUGGACUAGAGGAUGAGGAUGAGGAGGAGGAGCUUAAUGCCUCGUAAUUGAUACUCCCUCGCCUGGUCCGUCAUAGGUCAGUGUCGUGGAAUGCAGGUGGUGGUUUUUUAAGGGAUCAAUCUGCAGGAGCAGAAUGGAGAGACAACAUAAGCCAUUGAUUAGUUCAUCUGCUUAUGGACAGUAAAGUACUGUAAUAGAGUUCUCCUACAGCUUGGACAACAAACUACCUUGUGAUUUGCAAGACAGGCCCAUCUCAUUCAUCAGACUUCAUUGUUAUAGAAAACUGAUUCACUUCAUUAAUAAAUCUGUCAGAGCAGAGAUAAGGAAAGAAUCUUAUCAAUGGAUUAGUUCCUUCUCAUUGUACUUCAAAUAGAGUUUUAGAGUAAUGGGCAAGUAGGAGGUAUUUGGUCCUUUGAUAUCCUAUACUUAACCAGGUAUUGUGGAAUUCUGAACAGAAAUGAACCUCAAAUUUGGUCCGAUAGUAGGACGAUUACAAAAUAGCUUGACCUGAUAGAGUUGACCUAAGGUGUGCGAGGAUGUGAGCUUUGACUACUAGUUCUUGAUUUGAUUUUCAAGACUGUUCCAAUCAGCAUGGGAAGGUGCCUGGGUAUUCUCUUCUCAUUAUCAAAGUAAAGGUCUAUAUGCUGACAUCACGUCCAGGACAAUGUAUUUCAGAUGAAGCAUUUCUGACCCCAAAGCUAGAAACCAGCGUUAGGUUUCAAAAUAGGAUGAGAGAGCUAGUGUUUGCAGUGGUUGAUAUCUUGGAAUAAAUGGCAUUGAUCGUUCUUUGUAUAAAUUGACAAGUAUCAUUGGAAAGCUCAGAAUAUGUAAUUUCAAGAUAAAUAUAAUCAAUAAAUUGAAUCUAUGAGACUUAACGGUGGCUUUGAGCUUUGGGUCAAAUAGGAGAUCAGAAAUGACCAUGAUGGAAGUCAUCAAUGUACCUUGCUGGAUUAAGGAAAGUGUUAAUCUUAAUCUCUUUAAUUGAUUAUUCUAAUCUCUAUUUGAAGAGAAGGUUUUUAGACUUGUGAAGUCAGCUUCUGAUGAUCAGUCCAGCAGACAGAAUUCAAGUUAAAUCACACACAACAUGGACCAACUUUGUAUUUAUUACCUCUGAUCACUUUAUCACUAUUUGAAUACUCUUUCCUCUUUUUAUUUAUAGUCAUUGUGUCGUUUAAGACUUAUAUUUGAUGAUACUGCUGAUAAUGACAGAAUUUAGCAAACCUCAGUGAAGUCCCAUACUAUAACCGGUAUACUAUACGAUCCUCCUGCAAAACGAUUUUGGACAGUGGUGCAAGUAAUAGAAAUCACAUUGGUUUUCAGAAAGAAAUCUGUAUUUUCGAUUUAAUGAUGCCUCACGUGUCAGCCAGAUUUGUUUCCUUUUUCCGGAUAGCCAUUCCUUGCACUUGAUCACAUAGUUCUGAAAAUUUAAAUGCGUAUACCUCUUUUUCUCAAAGUGUGAGUGUUCUGAGGGAAAACCUAAUUAAGUAACACAAGUGACAUUCCUUUCCUUUUCUAUUCACUGGGUUGCGUAUAAUGUUCUAACAACUAUUUUACAUUUUAUUUUUACAUUUCAUUUCUAUCUCAUAGAAUUGUUCUGCUGUUUUGAAAUAGUCUUUUGGUUUCUUUAUAGAUUUGCUAAUAGAUGUAGAUGAUGUUAUUUGUUUGUUUGUUUUGGUAUCCUCACAAUCGUUGUGAUUUGGAAAGGGUGGAAUAUUUCUUGCCCCGCGUAGUAUCCAUAUUGACGCACUGUUUAGAUGUGCUUUGCAUUCUCUAGGAAGUUCAAAGAGAAGGUAUUUCGGUAUGUACACUGUAGUUACUUCUAUCUAUUUUAUUGUUUUCGAAUUUUCAAUGUGAGUCUAUCACAUUUCCAUGAAACUGUUCAUCCUUAAAAAAGAGUUUACAUCUAUUUUCUCUAUGUUUUUGAUGUUUACACCCACAUGAUUCUGCCCUAAACUGAUGAAUUCAAAGUUUGAGAAAUCAAUGUUCAGCCACAUAAAUGUGGAAAGAAAAUGUGAGACUCUGUGCGAUGAAAUGUGUGUGUACUGUGUACAAAUGUAAAAAGCAGAGAUGAUAUAUAUAUAUAUACUAGAUCCAGUACUAGAGUUAUGUAGUUAGAUUCAUACCCUCAUUUUAGUUGCUGGUGCUUGUGAAGUGGAAAAUUGAGAAAAGAGAAUGAAGUUUGUGAGAUGUUGAAGCAAUUGAUUGGUUUGAUAAUUGCCUGUUUGAUUCAGUUCUGGUUCCUUGCCGUUGAUGGCUUGGAUAAUUUUCAAUUUCAAUUUCAAUUUAUUUUCCAUCUUUAAAAAAAAAGAACAAAUAUAACAUAGUAUUGACACAUUGUAUUAAAAUAACAAUAUAAACAUAAACAUGGAGGGAUACCCUUGAUAAGCAGGUUGCUUGUAAGCAGGGCCCCGGUAUACAAUAUAAGAUUUAUAACUUUGUUACAGAAAUAUCUAAACAUUGGCGAAAAUUUAAUUUAUUUAAUUUAUUCUUAUUCGUGCAAAAUAUGUACCGCAUAUGUUUGAGUGAAGUAUAAUGAAGGUGAAGGAUUAGGAUAUGUGACCAAGGUAUCAACUGUUUGGUCUGGAAAGAAAAUUUUGAUAAAUGGUCCUAAAAAGACAAUCAUUUUCAGUUUGCAUAGAGUAGUUACUUGAAUUUAAACAUGUUGUAUAAGCCUGAUGUCAAUCAGGAAAUAACUUUUUAUUUGGCUUUCAAUUUCAACGAAGAAAAUUAAACCAUUGACAUGCUUGAGUGCUUGUAAAAAUUGUAAACUUGUUUAUUUAAGUAUUUUUGUCAACAAUGAGACAUGGUUUUAAUGUCUUGUGUUUGCUUUUUGAUUAUCUGACUGCCAGGGAACAGAGCUUUAAAGGAAUAUAAUUUGUUGUUGACACCUACGUGUAACCAAUUCUACUCAUCAAAUAUGAAUAUGCCACUAAACCUUGUGAUGUAUAAAGAUUACACUCUAAGUGCCUGUGUCUUAUUUUGAUGAAGAAACACAGAAAAUAGAUUGAAAUAUCUAAUUCUGCACCUUGUUAAUCUAUAUAGAAAAGUGUACACGUUAACAUCUCAUUGUGUCUAUUUUAAUGUUAUAUUUAGUUAGUUUGUUUUGAGUAUAAUAGCAUAUUUGUCAAGUGAUAUACUUGAAAUAUUUUGUAUUUAUCAGCAUUUAUAUUUUGCUGCAAAUGGUUAGCUAGUAUGUGGAGAUGUAUAUUUUGUAUGUUAUAUACAAUUAUGGUUUUAAAGCCAGUUUUCAACAAAUUAUAUUUUAAACAACUUGGGGAUAUGAAAUUUGCUUUCUUACAUAGGGUAAUUCAAAUAAAUUAGAAAAUAUAUAGAGUAUGUGAUUAUACUUCAAAAUUAAUUAUUUUCAAGGUUGGUAAUGUAUAAUUGAAAUAAAACUGCAUUGGUAGGCACUGCUGUAGGGGUUAAAUGUAAUAUUUUGAAAUGAUUUUAUUAACUCAGCCAUAGACGUCAUGAGCUACAAGGUAAAUUAGAAAAGAAACAUACUCAAUUACUUAUCAGAUGUAUGGCCUAUUGAAAAUCAUUGUAAUAUUGCUUUGAAUUUUGUGUGGUAUAUCUUAGAAUUUAAGAGUACAUUUAUGUACAAUUAUACAGUAAGAGAAAAUAUCUAAAAGUGUUGACUGUUCAUAAAGAACACAACGGAGGGAAAUGUAACAGAUACACUUUUGAGACAAAGAACCUCCUGCUCAAUACUAAUAGAUUGCAUGCGGUUCAAGAGUAAACACUGAUCUGAGAAUUCCUUGUUACUGUCAUAAUGAUUGAUCACUGAAAUUUGAAGUUACUGCCCGUUUAAGAAAGCACUCUUCAUAGUGACCUCUUCCCCUAUCCUGUCCAAUAUAACAAAUUUAUUAACACCAAAUUCAAUUGUAUCAUUUCGGAAGCUUAUCACUGAUUGUAAUUCUUUCUGAUGACAAGUUUUAUGAGGUAGGGCUUAAGUUUGUUACGCUGGAUUGUCACUUUGUUGACGUGCACCAAGGUUCAUUCUAAAGGCAAUUUAUAUCAAGGAUUGCUCAAUAAUUACAUUAUUGUGUUGUAUUUUUAUGAUGUUAUACCUCCUAAGACUUCAUCAUGUAUUUAUCCAUAAUUAUUUUAUGUUCUUUACUUCUUUCACUUUUUGAAACACUGAUCUCUUUUCAUUUACUUUCCUAUAUUUCAAAAUUUAACUUCAAAGUAGAUUAGUCUCUGUAGAAGCUUUCACCUAUCAGGGAAGUCUCAUAAAGUUCCUUAUUUUCGUCUCUUGUUUUUUCUUUUUUCUUUGAAAAAGAGCAAUUUGGGUGCGUGUACGCAUUUUGUCAAUUCAUUACAAGACCUUGCAAUCUUGGUUUUAGGGACGAACUUUGAUAUGACAUAGAUAUGUGCCACAAAGUAUUUCACAUAUCCUAUUCUGUUCAGAGGUUUUGUGUAUUUGACAAAAUCAUUUUUAUAGGUAUUUUGUAAUUGUGUAUGAUAUUUGAUUUCUUCGAGUUGUUCAUAAUGUGCAAUGAUAUGUAAAUCUGGGUAAAUAAAUAUUUACAGGAUUAUUGUAA